GAGUCUGUUCGAAGUAAAUUUUUCAAAGCAAUGCGGCUGGCAGCUGAACGGAUUAACACUGACCCAAAUCGUCUUCCCGGGUCAAGGAUUGAACUGCUCUUUCCGCCAAUAACCCCGCUAAAUACAACCAAAUCGUAUGAUUCUACUACAUUUGAGAGCAUCAAAAUGGUUUCCUACGCAAUUCGUCAGAAUGCACUUGCUCUCAUCGGGCCCGUGGCCUCCACGAGGAUCAGGGCGACUCACCCCAUCAGCAGCGGUAUCCAUGUCCCGCAGAUAGCGCCAUGGGCAACAGACCCUAGACUCUCUAUCGGGAAUCACCACAAAUAUUUGCUGAAGAUGACCCCUCCAGACAAUCUCAUGAACCGCGCUUUGUAUGAGCUGGUCAUCAGCUUCAUGUGGACCAGGGUCUCAAUCCUGACUGAUGACACAGAUUUCGGCUUGAAUGGAGUCAAUGAGUUCAUCACGUUAGCCUCUGGUGGCGAUGUGAGAAUCUCCGCGGUCUUGUCAUUCCAUCCCGUUGAUCCCGAGUUGUUAAACGUCACAGAGCAACUGGAAGAGAUAAAGGGAAUAGGCACUACUGUUGUCAUCCUGCACUGUUUUGCCAAGCACGCGAAAGUGAUCCUCCAACAAGCUUACACAUUGGGCAUCCUAAAGUCUAAAUGGGUUUGGAUAGUGACAGGUCUCUCCAGCGAACCUCAUUCGCAUAUUCCGAGCCAUCUAACCGGCCUGCUGGGAAUAAGGCCCUCUACAGGACAGGGAAGCCUCUACAAAGAGUUCGAGGUGGCGAUGAUGGCUGACAGCCCCAUGGGGAGUGACCAGCAAAAUGUGUCUACACAUGGCCAACAUGACGCCGAUGCUGGCCGUAGCUACGAUGCCGUGCUAACCAUUGGCUAUGCCUUGGAUGCCUACUUGAAGGAAAACGGGCCCAUACGACAGCAACACAACUUAUCUUGUAUCUGUGAGACAGGCACACCCAUGCCAUGGGGAGAGAAACUCUUGCAAUACAUGAAAAAGGUGAAAGGUCCAGGAGUCACUUCGGAAAUAGAAUUCAACGAGUUCGGUUAUCUCAAAACUGCCAACUUCGAAAUCGUGAAUCUGAAGACAGGCGAAGGUUGGUCAAAGGUUGCUGAUUGGUCAGAAAGCCGGCCGAAUCAUACUCGCCUGCACUGGGAAAAAACUCUUGUGACAUUCCCAGGGAAUACGAAGAGGAGACCAAAUGACCAAAGAGAUAACAUAAAAGGGACCUACCUGAGGAUAGUCACGGUUUUGGAUACUCCUUUUGUCCGGCGAAAGAAGGACCCAGCCACGUCACUGGAAAAGGACGAGCUCGAAGGUUACUGUAUCGGCUUGAUUAAAAAGCUUCAGGAGCGCCUUCAAUUUGGCUACGAUAUCUAUGUUGAGAAAAACAAUGUGUACGGCGAACCUGUGAAUGGCAGCCUGACCGAAUGGACGGGAAUGGUCAAGGAUAUACUUGAAAAGAAGGCUGACCUGGCCCUCGCUGCGGCCUUCAUUACUACGGAAAGGGCAAACGUCAUAGAGUUCAGCAAAUCCUACUAUGAAGCCGGGCUAACAAUUCUUAUGAAGAAGGAACAAGCCGGGUCGAAAGGAUUCUGGGCUUUUAUCGCUCCUUUCGAUAUGACACUGUGGAUGCUUAUUCUUUUCGGUACCUUUUUCACGACUGGUGCGUUAUACGUGAUAGAAUUCCUGAGUCCUUACGGGCAGUAUGGCGUCUACAUCCAGCGCCAUGACAGAGACGACCAACGUUUUAGAGACACAAGAUUCUUCAUGAACUUGCGUAAUUCCUUCCAGUUCUGUUAUGCUGCUUUUGUAGGGAUCAAUAUUGAUGGAGUUCCCAGAUCAUUCUCAGGGCGAAUGGUGGGCAACUACUGGUAUCUUUUGGUGUUCUUCAUUACUGCCGGUUACACAGCCAACUUUGCUGCAUUUCUCACCAUCAACCAGAUGAACAUGCAUACUAUUAGUAGUCUGACAGAGCUGACCUUGCAAAACAAGGUUAGAUAUGGCACCCAAGAAGGAACGUCUGUUUCUCACUUCAUCAAUCUGAGGACGACGGAAACCUAUGCCAGGAUGGCACAGCACAUUGAAGACUAUGAAACAAAUGUGCGCACAGUAGAGAUUGGGAUACGGCACGUUAAGCAUGGAUUCAAAGGUCAUGACUACGCCUUUAUCUAUGAUGAGCCGGUCCUCAAGGAUAGAGUAAACAACGACCCAGAUUGCGAGCUGGAAACCAUUGGAAAGCCAUUCCACAAAACUUCGUAUGGACUCAUGGCGCGCAAAAAUUCUGCAUUUUUGGACACUAUCGACUCGGCCGUUUUGGAAUUGAAGGAGGAAGGCUUUAUGGAAGAGCUGGCCAAACAUUGGUUCCAGCGCGGCAAUUGCUUUCAAGGAGAGACGUCGGCCCUUUCGAAACUUCAUGGCGAUGGCCUCGUCAUGACUUCCAGUCAGAUGUCAGCCAUUUUCGUGAUAGGGGGCGGGGUGAUCGGCUUUGCCGUUGUUCUGGUGAUUGUUGAAUUCAUCUUCGCUUCUGUGCAGGAUGUCAAGAAGUACAAAAAGGAUGAGGGUGGACCAAACACCAUAAUGGAGGCGCUGAAGAUACGUUUGGAUCACGUGAUCGAAGAGAUGGAAAGCCACAUCACAAAGAGGCUGCUAUGUCGGCACGCGACACAUGGCAUGAUGGAGGACGCAAUACUGCGGGAAUCGGACGCUAUGAGAAAGACUGUGAAAUAUCCUGAAAUGCAUACAGAAUUUUAGCCCGAUGAGCAGCUUCGUUGGCUUUCAGAGACACAAGCAAGAUAUUGGAGGCAGUAAAUAGAGAAAAACUUUUGAUUUGACUAAUAAUGACAUAUAAAGUAUGAUAUAGCGCUGCCUCGCUCUUGUAUGCAUGAAGUUAUUCUGAUCUUUGGUGCGCAGGGGUUGUCCAAGUUCCGUCAAGACGAGUUCCGGCAUUCCUCCAUUUCGUAUUCCGAGUUUGGUCAAUUGAUUGAUGACUGUGCCGACAUGACGUUGGGAAACCAAGGAGAAGCCAAACUUGACUGCCAGAAAUGUCAUUUGUCUACUUCCUUCCACAUCUUACAAGUCCAGUUACAUAUGGAUGGCCGAUAUCCCGAGACAGCUCAUGCUUUUUGAGAAUAAAAUGAAAGUCGUCAUAUGCCUACUAAUGUACACAGACAUGACCUACUUGUUGAGGUUAUUUAUAUCUAGUACGUAUUUACUCAGGUAUUCAGAUUGUUAGAGUCCGCGUUGAGGGGAUCUGUUGAAGGAAAUGUCGUUGACCAGCGGAUGGUUACCUUACAGCUAAUGUACUGCAUGCCUCCAGGAAUUAAAAGCAAUUAGGAUUGAGAUAUGAAAAAAAUGAUAGCAUAGGCUCGGUCGAACGCGUGCAAUCGUUGUCAACAAUGGGGAGUGGUCUCAUCGAUAAGUUCCUGACCCAUAUGAGAAAUGGUGCAGAUGACAUGGCCAUGGAGACUCUCCAUGAGAUCAACCGACUUGGUCAUGACGUCCGCCGCCAUCUUGAACAACGGAAACUAGAGUUGGAUAAGGAAAGAAGUGUUCUAUUGGUGGAGAUGGACCACGCUGCUAAAGAAAUGGACGAACUGCAGCAGCAAAUUGGCAGCCAUCGUGAUUCUGUUGAUGGGUUACAGCGGGAAAUGGCGGUGUCCUUGGAACUCCAGCGACUUGGCAAGGAUCGAAGGUCACGCGCCAAGAGCGAAGCGGAGGAAGCGGAGGCAACCCUGCAGAAAGCUGUCCAACAGCUUCGUGCAAAUAGAUUUUUCCUUCUGAUUCCAAUCAUUGGCUUCAUGGUAUUUGCGAUUACUGCCCAGAAGAAUGUGAAAACCAUUCGGGACAGUCGGGAAAGGACGGCAGAGAGUAACAGGCGACGGGAGAAGGCAGAAUGUCUGCGGAAGCACGGGAAACGGACGCAAUCAAAAUGCGAGAAAGACAUUGAGAGAUUGACUAAAGAGAUGCAACGCUGUCGUGAGAACCUGAAUGACAUUCAUGGUAGGAUUUCAGGAAUCAAACAAACACUUUGGUUCAUCCAUCAGGGACUGUCCGUAUGCCAAGAGGUCGCAAUUCAUACAGAGUACGCUUCUGAGAAGACGACAUGCAUAACAGAAGAUUUUGAAGCUCUUUCAGCGCAAUCGAUAAACACUGUUGCUCGAUCGGGGGCCUUCAGUUGUGCUGUUGGUUAUUUCCAGAUGGCUUGGCUAAAGGUUUGCCACAAAUCACAAGAAAAUUCAGAAUAUCUGGGAGACAUUCCAGCGUCACUUGACCGCCAGUUUCUCUCGGGGACAGCCAGAAGCCUCGAAGACAAUGACCAAUCACUGAGCAAAGAAAGCGUCGGUCUUGACGCCACCACAAAACUUGCAAUGGCAAUCACCAACUUCGCCCUUCUCUUCUAUGUCGCUUAUUACUUCAGCCCUUUCAUAUCUUUUGUAGCUUCGUGGGUCCUGGUGAACAUUUGGUUCGAGUUGCUGUACAUGCUACUCUCUCCAACCCUCGCUGUCAUUAAGGUCGGCGUAGAAACUUGUCUGGGUGUGAUUACACAAAUUCUGGAAACUCUAGUUGAAACCUUUGUGAACUCUAGAUUGGCAAAACCUUUGAUUUUCAUUUGCAAGCUAUUUUACCAAAUUAUCUAUGUUAUUUGCAACAUCGUCAGCCUAAGUUAUUGUUUUGUUGGUGUCUACUACACAUUACAGUUCAUGUGGGUUGGUCUUGCAUUGGGUUAUUUAUUGGCUAGACGAAUUCAAACGAUGAGCUGGUGGUCUAGGUCUAACAAAAUAAAUGUAGUAAAUUUCCAAACCGCUGUAAACUAGGUCACGACCGAUUAUACCACUUAUAAAAUUGCUGAACGGCUAUCCAGAAGUAUUAAGGUAGCAGGAAAGGGUGGGCGUUGGUGGUUUCUGAGUGUGAGGGGGUGUAGUGGUGUCUGUUGACUGUGCUUUAAGAGAGACCAGGCAUGAUGCCAGUCUAUGCCAGUCUCUCUUAAUAAAGCACAGUCAACGGACAUGUGGUUUCAGUAUUAGGUCUUUCAUUUUAGCAAUGCGAAAAUGUAAGCAAUUUUGGUAAGGUCCGUCAUUUGUUAUCACCAAUUAGCUUCUAGAGUGACUCAACCACUCUCUUGAAUACAGCGGCCGCCUCAGCGCCACCACGCGGGGCCUAAUGGUAUUAGGCUAAGUAGCUUCGCGAGUCUCUGUGACGUAGGCAUAUACUUUUCACAAUUAAAAAUGCUCUCAAAGACUAUAAGGAAUGAUUAUUUAUUAACAUUUCCUGUACUAUAUACCUUCUAAUUAUCAAUUUACAUAUAGGUUGGCGUUAGGUCGCGUGCUUUUCUUUCCUUGUGACAAUAUCAGCAAAAUAGUUACAACCCCAUAAUCGCACCAUAAGUCCAUAAUGAGAUCACGGUGACCCGUUAUAAAUGUUUCGCCAGCUUCGAUAUUUUGCCGCUACGCGGCGCGUUGGGUCCUUGCGUCCAGGAAACUUGCGGCGCCUCCUAACCGAUUUCACUGGAAUCAAUAUAAACCAACCGACUGCCAGAAAUGUUGUACCCGACAUCACGCGAAAUAACUACUAGUAUAUUCUAUGCUGUAUAGGCCUAUUUUGUAGACAUUUAUAUAUGCCAAAAUCUUUGCGUCUCGUUCAUAAGAUUCCCUCUUGUGCUUUGAAUAAAUAUA